AUGGAAGCAUUUAUUCAUUCUCUGGAUGUCAGAAUGUGGGAAGUUGUUUCUAACAAGUAUGAUGUACCAUCUAUUGUACCUACUGAUGCAGAUGAAAGGACGAAAUAUGAACUGGAUAAGAGAGCUCGCUUUGCAAUUCUUUGUGGGUUAUCAAAAGAAGUAUUUGUUAAAGUAAUGUACUUCAAAUCAGCUAAUGAGUUUGAUGAUUUGAAAAUGAAUAAUGAUGAGACAGUGGCAAGUUAUUUUCUUCGUAUUGAUGAAGUUGUAAAUGCUCGAAAAGGUCUUGGUGAAGAAAUUGAUGAACAUGAUGUGGUUGCAAAAGUAAUUAGAACAUUACUACCAAAAUUUGAAACUAAAAUAUCUGCCCUUGAAGAGAAGAAAAAUUUCUCUAAAAUGACUGUGCAUCAGCUUCAAAGUACUCUUACUGCUUACGAGAUGAGAAUUGGUAAUACCCCUUCUACCUCUAAGGAAACAGCUUUUAAAAUUGAGAAACAGGAAGAGAGUGAGUCUGAAUUAUCUAAUGUUUUUGAAACUUUAUUGGUUAGGAAACUUAGGAAGAAGUUUCAAGGAAAGUUUAAAUGUUUUGGCUGUGGUAAAACUGGUCACUUUGCAGCAAAAUGUCCGUAUUUAGAUCUAAGUAAAGAUGAGGAUAAAUCUGAAAAAUCGUUUAAAAAACCUUGGAAUCCUAAUAAAAGGUUGAACAAUUUUAAAAAGAAGAGUCUUAUGUCAAAAGAAGAGACUGAAGACGAAUCUGAUGAGUCAAAUGUUGAUGGUUGUGAAACACUAUUCAUGACCAAAGUUGAAUUUGAAAACCCAGAUGCAGUAAAAACUGAAUCAGAUUCUGAAGUUGAAAUAGAAGAUGUAAAUCUCGAAGAAGAACUUCUUUGUGCUCUUCAAGAAGUAAAAAGAUUUAAGAAACUUGUAAUUUCUUAUGAAGAUUCCAAUCAGAUCUUACAACUUGAUAUAGUAAAUGCAAACAAGGUUAUUGAAACUCAAAGAAGUCUUAUUGAAAGAAAAGAACAAGAAAUUAGUACUCUACAAAAACAAGUAUACACUCUUGAAAAACAACAACAUUCUACUGAAAAAGGAGAAACGUCACAGCAGAAUUCUGUAAUAGCAAAUAAAAAUCAGUUUUCAAAUAACAGAUUUUUCCAUGGCUAUUGUCAUUUUUGUAAUCUGUUUGGGCACAAAGUAAAUACUUGCAGAUUUGCUAGAGCUUCUAUUUUUGGUCAUAAACAGUCUUUUGGUUUUGUCAGAGACAUAAGAUGUUUUACAUGUUAUCAAUAUGGUCACACUUCUAAGUACUGUAAAAAGUUACAAAAACCUGCAAAAAUGUGGAGACCAAAACUUGAACAAUCUAUGCUUGUUCAAACAGCUCUAAUAUCUACCAAUUCUUCUAUUUGGGUUUUGGAUAGUGGAUGUUCUCAUCAUAUGACAGGAGACAAAACAAGUUUUCAGCCUUAG